UUUGUUGUUCCGCAAUGUCGCUGGCAACUAAAUUCCCCAAAAACUUCAAGUUAGCAACUGCAACUGCCGCCUAUCAAAUUGAAGGUGCCAAGGAUUUGAAUGGCCGCGGCUUCAGCACCUGGGAUGCCAUCCGCCUGGAACCCGGCCGAAUCCUUGACAAUUCCGACCCGGACCUUUCUUGUGAUGGUCUCCUAAAGUACAAGGAGGAUGUAGCUCUUCUCGCUGAAAUCGGUGUCACCAACUAUCGAUUUUCCAUCUCCUGGUCCCGAAUUCUCCCGGACGGAACUUUAUCGACUAUCAACGAGGAAGGCAUCAAAUUCUACCGGGAUCUGUGCCUAUUGCUAAAGGAGAAUAAUAUCGAGCCAGUGGUUACCCUGUUCCAUUUCGACAUGCCACUUGCGAUAUACGAUAACGGAACUGCUUGGCUUAACAGGGAGAACUGUGAGCAUUUUGAGAAGUUCGCAGAUCUAUGUUUCCAAAAGUUCGGGGAUCUCGUGAAAACAUGGAUCACAUACAACGAGAUCAACUGUCAAGCAUGGGGAUCGAUUGUGAAGGUUGAAGGGGAGUUCUGGUUGUGCCCCGAGCGUCCGGAGAUUGAGAAUCACAAACAGGCACCGUAUUUCGGCGCCGCCAACAUGCUCCUGACCCACGCGAAGAUCUACCGAAACUACGACCAGAACUACAAACCAACACAGCAUGGGAUCCUUGGAAUCACGAAUGGAGGAAGGUUCUGCUUCCCGGCAACCGAUUCGCAGGAAGACAUUGAGGCUUGCAAUCGAGCUCGCGACUGGCUAUUUAACUUCACGAUUGAGCCGAUUCUCUCUGGUUCGGGAGAUUUUCCAGUGCUGAUGAGGGAGAGAAUGCCGUUUAUACCGAAGUUUAGUGAGGAGGAGAAGGAGAUUAUUAAAGGAAGCACUGACUUCAUCGGAAUCAACUACUACCUCAGCUUCCUGGUUCGCGCGCCGAAAGAUGGUGAGAAAGCUUCUUCCCAGUCUCAGCAUGACGGUGGUUAUGUGUUUGUGGAGGGAAAAUGGGAUAAAAUAUGCGGCGAAACCUGGAUUCGUUACGCCCCUGAUGGGCUCCUAAAAAUUUUGAGAUAUGUCAAGGAAAAGUAUGCAAAUACUCCGGUGUUUAUAACCGAAAAUGGAUGCAUGGAUAUAGUCGGGCAGGACCAAGAAGAUGCUUUUCACGAUCAACAUCGAAUUGAUUACAUCUCUGGGCAUUUGGAAGCGGUGGCGAAAGCUCUCGAUGAAGGCUGCAACGUGAUCGGUUACACUGUUUGGACGCUAAUGGACAACUUCGAGUGGGAUGACGGUUUUGAGCUCAAGUUCGGGCUCUGUGAAGUCGAUUUCGAAUCUCCUGAUAAAACACGGACUAUGAAGAAGUCCGCGUACUUUUAUAAGGAGUUUAUCAAGGAGUUCAAGGAUUUUCAUGGGAUUUGAUUUAAAUUUAAUGUUGUGUAUUUUGUAUAGUUUUUGAAUAAUAUGUACUACUAAUGUUUUAUAGUAUUUAAUGCUACAUAUUUGAUAUUAAUGAAGUUGUGCAAUAUUAAAUGACAUAUAUAAUGAAUAAUGUUGUAUUCAAUUAAGUGCUAUGUAUUAAU